CCAACAAUCAGAAAAGAAAUCGAAUAACAACACAACUUUUCGUCUCUAUUUCUACUUAUUUUCUGCUAUUUUCACCAUUUUCCCCGGUUUUUCACCGAAAAAAUCCGAGUAAAAUGACGAAGCCGGUGGGCUGGUGUGCCACGUGGCUUCCCAUGAUUAAGUUGGCUCAGGCAAUUUGCCAUUUCAUUGUGAUUAUGGUGUUUCUCGAUGGCCGUCAUCAAUGGUACAUGUACAACGCCAUCCUCACAUUCUCGUUUUUGGCACUUUUCUACUCAUUUUUCACGAUUUUAUUGCGAUUUUUUGAGCUCACAGAGCUGCAUUUUAUGUCCUUCAAUUUUGCGGCAAUGUUGUGCAAUUUUGUUCUUAUGGUUCUAAGCUUGGCAUUUUCUGGAAUUCUAAUCUGGGACAUCUGUAAUAUGCGUGAUGGACCCCAUAAAAUCAAGUACCAUGACCGGCUGCCCCCGGUUACCAUCGGACAAGACGCGUGGAUAAGGAGAUGUGUUUUAGCAGCGUCCUCGCUCCUUCUUGCCGGUCUUCUCUACCUCAUCACAUAUCUCAAGCUCCGCGGCGUUGCAACUUCUUAACAAAAUAUAUGUAUAAAAUCGAUAAAUUCUUCAUCAU